AUGUCGGGGCAAGAGGGCUGUUGCGUGACGAAACGUCUGCAGAAUGAGUUGCUACAGCUGCUUAGUUCCACAACACAAAGCAUAGGCGCGUUUCCCGUAGAUGAUAACGAUCUGACAUAUUGGACAGGAUAUAUAAUGGGUCCUCAAGGAACACCAUACAGUGAUCUCAAAUUCAAGAUUUCAUUGAAUUUUCCCGAGAACUAUCCUUUCCACCCACCAAAAGUCAAAUUCGUGAGCCCAAUGUGGCAUCCAAACGUGGAUAAGAGUGGAAAUAUCUGUCUAGAUAUUUUAAAAGAGAAGUGGUCCGCAGUGUAUAAUGUAGAAACAAUUCUAUUAUCGCUACAGUCAUUACUAGGUGAACCAAAUAACAGAUCUCCCCUCAACGCCGUAGCAGCAGAGCUUUGGGACAAAGAUAUGGAGGGAUACAAAAAGAAGGUUUUAAUGUGCUAUGAAGAAAUCGAUGAUUACUAA